CCAGGACACCUAAACGCGACGGAGACGGUGUCGGAGGACUCUUUGGCACCGCCGACCGCGUUAGAGGCGGCAGAAGGACCUCCAGGACACCUAAACGCGACGGAGACGGUGUCAGAGGACUCCUUGGCACCGCCAACAACGUUACGGGUGGAGAAGUCUGGGGGACACACGGAGACGGUGUCGAAGGACUCCUCGGUGCCGCCGGCAACGUUACAGGCGGAGAAGAGGAUGCCAGGACACCUAAACACGAUGGAGCUGGUGUCGGAGGACCCCUCAGGACCACCAACCACGUUCCAGGCAGCGGAGGCGUCCGUGGGACACCCGGCCGCGAUGGAGACGGCGUUGGGGUCCCCCUCGGCACCCCAAAUGGCGUUGUCGGCGCUACAGGUGCCUCCGGGACACCUCAACACGCCGGUGACGGUGUUGGAGUCCUCCCCGUCACCGCAGAUGGCGUUAUCGGCACCGGGGGCGUCCCCGGUACACCCUAACCCGCGGGAAACAGGGUGCGAGUCCUCCUCGGUCUCCGACCGCGUGGGACACCCGGACGCGGCGGCGGUGACGGUGUUGGAAUCUUCGCCGGCGCCCGCCGUGCCGUCCCGCGGUCCGGCGAGCGCCCAUCGGACGACUUCCAAGUCCUCCCCGGCCCCCCAGCCCACGGCACCGGCGCGGUGUCACCCCGCACAGGCAAUCGGGGAGCAGCGCCGGGGGUCCCGGUCCCCCCGAUACCGAUCCGCUGCCCCCCGACACCGCUCCCCUGGGGGCACCGAGGCUGACGGGUGA